AUGAUUGUCAAUAAGGAGUGUUUGUGUUAUCAAAAGAUCGAUAAAAUAAAACCACUUCUAAACUCAGGCGUGCAAUGCAUAACGAAUCUUGAGGAUUUUCCACUGGUAUGUCUACAAAAAGGGUUGUUGUGGGUAGUGCUCGUUAGCCUUGACGAUCAAGAAGGUGCCCAUAUUCCCAGGUCUAUAGAUAUUGCCCCAAAUAUAACUUUCAGAUAUGCCGCCUAUAGGCAGUUCACUUGGUUUUUAUAUGCAAAAUUUGGUAGAGGUGUCAGGCGAGUUCUCCAAUCAUGCGUGGCUACAGCUGUUAGACAAAAGUUUCCUGAGUAUAAUGGCAGUUAUAGUAUUUUCAAAGGGAAAGAUAAUGAAGCCGAUGUUAUAACUUCCGAAAUUGAUGAAGCGUGGCAAUGGAACUAUUAUUCCUAG